ACUCAAACACAACGCCAAAACAAAAUCAAAGCUAUGGAUUCCUUCUCUCGGCUCAGCAUUUUUUGUCUCUUCAUUUCACUCCUUCCUCUUUUCUCUUCCCCUGCCUUGCUGUUUCAGGGGUUCAACUGGGAAUCAAGUAAGAAAGGGGGGUGGUACAACUCUCUUAAGAACUCUAUUCCUGACCUUGCAAAUGCGGGAAUCACUCAUGUGUGGCUCCCUCCUCCCUCUCAAUCUGUUUCUCCUGAAGGAUAUCUUCCAGGAAGGCUAUAUGAUCUUGAUGCAUCAAGAUAUGGAUCCAAGAAUGAACUGAAGUCCCUGAUUGCUGCUUUUUAUGAGAAGGGGAUAAAGUGCCUAGCUGACAUAGUGAUCAACCACAGAACUGCAGAGAGGAAGGAUGGGAGAGGAAUAUAUUGUAUCUUUGAAGGUGGUACUCCAGAUUCACGCCUUGAUUGGGGUCCAUCUUUCAUUUGCAGAGAUGACACUGCUUAUUCUGAUGGUACUGGAAACAACGACAGUGGAGAGGGCUAUGAUGCUGCACCUGACAUUGAUCAUCUCAAUCCACAGGUGCAAAGAGAGUUGUCAGAAUGGAUGAACUGGCUCAAAACUGAGAUUGGUUUUGAUGGAUGGAGGUUUGAUUUUGUGAAGGGCUAUGCCCCUAGCAUCUCCAAGAUCUAUAUGGAACAGACUAGGCCAGAUUUUGCAGUAGGUGAGAAAUGGGAUUCUCUCUCAUCUGGCCAGGAUGGGAAGCCAAACUAUAACCAAGAUAGUCACCGUGGGGCACUGGUGAAUUGGGUUGAAUCUGCAGGUGGAGCUAUUACUGCAUUUGAUUUCACAACAAAAGGAAUUCUUCAGGCUGCUGUGCAAGGAGAAUUGUGGAGGUUGAUAGAUCCAAAUGGCAAGCCUCCUGGAAUGAUUGGUGUGAAACCAGAAAAUGCAGUAACUUUCAUUGACAACCAUGACACUGGUUCCACACAGAGACUUUGGCCAUUCCCUUCUGACAAAGUCAUGCAAGGAUAUGCCUACAUUCUAACACACCCUGGCACCCCCUCAAUAUUCUACGACCACUUCUUUGAUUGGGGCUUGAAGGAGCAGAUUGCCAAAUUGAGUAGCAUAAGGGUGAGGAAUGGGAUCAAUGAGAAAAGCACUGUUAAAAUUUUGGCAUCUGAAGGUGACCUUUAUGUUGCAAAGAUAGACAACAAGAUCAUGGUGAAGAUAGGACCAAAGAUGGACCUUGGAAAUCUUAUUCCCUCAAAUUUCCAUGUUGCUACGUCUGGCCAAGACUAUGCCGUGUGGGAGUGAAUAAUUUAUUACAGUAUACAAUAAAGAACACUAUCAUAAACUACCUUGUCAUUGGGUAUAAGAUCAUUUUAUGAAAUGUUUAAUUCACCCCUUUACCCAAUGCAAUUUCCCUUAAUAUUUAUAAACCAUAAUUACAAGAUCACAAAUCUUUAUGCAAAAUUUUCAUCUAUUACUUGUGUGAG